AAAUACGUUCGAAUGGUAGUCGUGAAAGUUCAGUUCUACCCCAACAGUUGUGCAUUAUGGUUGAGAAAGUGAUUUUAGCUUAUUCCGGUGGUCUGGAUACCAGCUGCAUCCUGAAAUGGUUGUUGGACAAGGGAUAUGAAGUGAUCUGUUUGAUGGCCGAUGUUGGACAAAAGGAAGACUUUGAGGCGGCACGUCAGAAGGCAUUGAAAAUUGGCGCAUCUGAUGUCAUUGUUACCGACGUGAAAGAGAAAUUUGUUGAGCACUACAUCUGGCCAGCCAUUCAAAUGGGCUUGAUUUAUGAGGAGCGCUAUUUGUUGGGCACCUCAUUGGCGCGCCCCUGCAUCUCCGUCGCGCUAGUCGAGGCGGCUAAAAAGUAUGACGCCAAGUAUUUAGCGCACGGCGCCACCGGCAAAGGAAACGAUCAGGUGCGCUUCGAGUUGAACGCAUAUGCGCUGCUGCCUCAUAUUAAGAUCAUUGCACCGUGGCGUGAUGAUGAAUUUUGCAAACGCUUCCAAGGCCGUUUGGAUCUCAUCGAAUACGCCAAAAACCACGGCAUACCAGUGAGUGCGAAACCAGCCGCCCCUUGGAGUACAGAUGCCAAUAUCAUGCAUAUCAGCUACGAGUCUGGCGUUUUAGAAGAUCCCUUCCAUGUCGCACCCGAAUCACUGUACGAAAUGACGGUCGAUCCAAAUACCAAGGCACCAAAGUCACCCAAACGUGUUUCGGUGCACUUCUCCAGCGGUCUACCCACCCUCGUCGUCGAUCAAUCGACGGGUAAACAGUACACAAAACCUUUUGAAAUUCUGCAAUUUCUGAACGAAGUAGGUGGCGCCUACGGCAUUGGACGUAUUGAUAUUGUGGAGAAUCGUUUUGUAGGGCUGAAGUCGCGUGGCGUCUACGAAACUCCUGGCGGUAAUAUACUCUUCACCGCCCAUCAGGAUUUGGAAGUAUUCUGUUUGGAUCGUGAAGUUUUGCGCACCAAGCAAAUUUUACGUAAUCGCAUGGCCGAUUAUGUGUACAAUGGUUUCUGGUUCAGUCCGGAGGCACAAUACGCACGUCGUUGCAUUGAAAUCUCACAGGAACACGUAAGCGGUGAGGUAAUUGUUGAAUUGGCACCGGGUUAUGCGCGCGCCAUUGCACGCAAGUCGGCCAAGGAGUCGGGUGGUUUGUACAACGAAGAGCUGGUUUCCAUGGAUGUACAUGGCGGUUAUGUGGCGAACGAUGCGAGCGGUUUCAUUGCCAUCAAUUCGGUGCGCAUCAGGGAGCAUGUGCGCGCUUUCGGCGAUUACAAAUUGAACUGAAGUGUGUGGGGGGAAGUGUGUAUUGGAAAUUUUGUAAUAAAACUAUAAACUAAAAAAUAAAAAUCCUCAAAGUAUA